UAAAGAUGAGCCCAAAAGAGCCCAAAUCCGGGAGUCAAGUGGAAAUGGUGUGCGAGACGGGCAGCUCUAACCCGGAAUCGGUGGUCACGUGGUGGAGGGAUGGCUUCCUCCUCAAUGGACAUCAGGACGGCAUCAUUGACGGCCUCUACGGAGGAAAGACUACCCGAAAUAUAUUGCGGCUAAACGUGACCAGCGAUGACGACGGCGCUGUCCUCACGUGUCAAGCCACGAAUCGUGUUCUCCAGCAGUCAGUACACGACGCGACAACUCUUAGCAUUCAAUUCGCGCCUGAAUUCCUAACCUCUCCGUUGACUCAAUUCGAUAUAACCGAAGGCCAGUCCUCUUUGAUAAACCUCACGGCCAGAGGAAAUCCCUCACAUAUUCAGUACAAGUGGUCGCGACAGCCGGACACUGGCUCUGCCGGUGACACUACUACUGGCGCUCCCAUUGACUCGUCUCGUCUCCAGACCGAAGGACCCGUUCUUAACAUUAGUCAAGCGCUGAGAAGUGAUUCCGGAGUUUACAAACUUUUUGCUCAAAACGAUUUGGGAUUUAGCGAAACAGCCAUUAAGAUCAACGUUCACUUUCGGAGUUUUAAUCGCAAACUAUUGCCAUUAUUCCCCUCAGACUCGGCACAGAUACUCAAAGUAAGCGACCUCGUGAUGGUGGACGAGUGGUCCAAUGCCUACCUCGAGUGCACAGUCGACGCCAACCCGACCACCGACACGACCAUCACGUGGCGGCGCAAAGUCCGCAAUGAGUCCGACACCGCUCUCAUCACACAAGAGAUCGAUUCGAUGCGAAUGCGGACA